AUGUCAUGUUGCAAAAGAAAAGAAGAAAUUGAACUAUACAUUGAUAACAAUAACUGUGUGAAAUAUGAUAAUAUUCAUGUGAAAAGAGGUCCCAUACUUGAUUCUCACUUUUGUUUAUGUCGAAAUAAUGAAGGAUGUUUCAUUCCUCCGGAUUGUAACAUACUACAAUCCACUGAUAUUGAUACAAUAAGUACAUGCUUAGAACCUUGCCAAUGUGCCGAAGAAAUGGAAUGGAAUUGUUGGACUCCUCCUAGACCAAGUUGUAAAUGGUUAAGUAACUUUUGUGAGUUACGUCGCCAAUGGAGUAAUCAUGCUCGCCAACAAACUUGUAGAUGUUGUAAUUGUAAACAACGAUGUCCGGGUGAUAUUGCGAAGUGUUUGCUGGGUUCUGUUCUUGAUCCUUGCGAAUGUUGCGCAAAGGGUAUAUGUGCUCGAUUGGACGGUGAGCCCUGUUGGAAUUCUAGUAUUCCUGGAUUACCUCCCGAACGUCGUAACGAUGGACUAUGCGCAAGGAAUUAUGUAUGCACAUUAAGAUCAGAUCUUCGGAAACAGAAAGAUACACCUGAAGCGACUUGCAUUUGCAUGGAACAAACACUAGCGUGUGGUAAUGAUAACAAAACAUAUACGACACCUUGUGUACUGCACGAAGAAGCAUUGAGACGAAAAGGUACAUCUUCUUUGAAGUUACAGCAUCUUGGUCCAUGUCAAAGCCGGCCUUGGAUUUUGUCUCCUUUAGAAGACGUUUUAUUAGCGUUUGGUCAACGUUUAGCGUUGAAUUGCGAAGCAGAAGGCUUUCCAAUUCCUGAUAUCUUUUGGGAGUUUCAUACCGCGGAUGGAAGAGAAGUUUUAAAACUACCAGGGGAAUCUGAAGAAACAACUGUUCACAGCAGCGUCGGCCCGGAACCUUUUAUGCGAACCUCGUGGAUGCAAUUACCUCGUGUCAAUAAAGAACACAUUGGAAUGUAUCACUGCAUUGCUAAAAAUUCGUUGGGUGAAGCUAGUAGUGCGUCGUUUGUUUCUAUAUCGGACCACUAG